GAUAACCUACAAAUUUUGUGAUUGCAACAAUGCCUUGAAGAAAAUAUCAAAGCAAAACAAUUCAGAAUACUUAAUAAUGUAAAUUACAACAUUCAGUAAGUACUUUUGUGUCGAAACACAUUGUAAUAAAACUAUUUAUUAGACCUGAUUUGUAACACAAAAUAGUUUUUUUGUGAUUGUUGAUUACGAUUUAGUGACGUGAAGUAAAUAUGGUUAAUAAGAAUAUUUUAUGUUUGUUCGAUGUUGAUGGUACAUUAACAAAGCCACGGCAAGCAAUAGAACCAUGUGUAGAAGAAUUUCUUUUAAAAACUAUAAGACCCUAUUGUAAAUUGGGUCUCGUAGGAGGUUCCGACUUUAAAAAGAUAGCUGAGCAAAUGAACGGAGAUGAUGUAAUUUAUAAAUUUGAUUACGUCUUCCCAGAAAAUGGACUGUUGCAGUACAAAUAUGGCAAGCUAGUAGGGAAACAAAAUAUUCAACAAUUUAUUGGUGAAGCAAAGUUGCAGAAAUUUAUAAAUUUUGUCUUGCGAUACUUAUCUGAAAUAACGUUACCGGUUAAAAGGGGGACAUUUGUUGAAUUUCGAGCUGGUAUGUUAAAUAUAAGCCCUAUUGGACGAUCUUGUUCGCAAGAAGAGAGGGACGACUUUGAGAGAUAUGAUAAAAUACAUGGUAUUCGAAAAACAAUGAUUGAAGCUAUUAAAAAGGAAUUUCCAGACAUUGGUUUAACAUAUAGUAUUGGUGGACAAAUAAGUUUUGAUGUAUUCCCAAAUGGUUGGGACAAAACAUUUUGUUUGCAGCAUUUAGAAAACGAAAAUUUCGAUGAAAUUCAUUUCUUUGGAGAUAAGACUGACAUGGGUGGAAAUGAUUACGAAAUUUUCAAUGAUAUAAGGACCAUUGGACACAAAGUGACAAGUCCAGAAGAUACAAAAGAACAACUUAAAAAGUUGUUUGGUUUAUAAUGUGUUUACAUAUGUAUAAAACAUUAAAUAUGCAAUUAUAAUUUAUAUUGGUUAUUGUAUAUAAUGCAGUUUUAAAAGUUAAUAAAUGGAGGAUUUAUUUUCUA